UAAAGAAUAAAAAACACUGGCCAGUGUAGGUCGUUGAAGACUAUAUCAUUUGUUAAAUGUAAGAAUUGAUUAUAACCAGGCCUCAGUGUGUAAUCAGUGCGCACUAGUGCAAGGAACCGAAUGCGCGAUAAAUGUCACAGCUUUAGGAGUGGACGUUGACGUAACGUUAAUGUAAAUACGCGAAAUGUAUACGGGAUUGAUCUAGCUGAAUUCUGAAUCAAGGAACCACUCGAUAAUACACUAAUCUAUCAAUCUAAUCUUUGUGGACAUGGGUACCCCGACGCGACCCAGAAGGCAGCUAGACCUGCCGGUUUCGCAGAUGACGCCGCCAAAGAUGCACGACAGCGAGGUCGAGUCGAAGCUGCAGGAGAUCAUGAAGAUGAACGGCAUCCUGAACAUCGACGGCCACAGGUAUCAGACGGAGAUGAAGGAUCUGGAGCAUCUGGGCGAGCUCGGUAACGGCACCUGCGGGCACGUGGUCAAAAUGAAGCAUAAGCCGAGCGGCGUGGUGAUCGCCGUGAAGCAGAUGCGGCGCUCCGGGAACGCGGAGGAGAACAAGAGGAUAAUCAUGGAUCUCGACGUUGUGCUCAAGUCGCACGACUGUCCGUACAUUGUGCAGUGCCUGGGCUGUUUCAUCACCGAAUCCGACGUUUGGAUUUGCAUGGAACUGAUGGCGACGUGCCUGGAUAAACUGCUGAAGCGCAGCAGGCAGGCGAUACCGGAGGAUUUUUUAGGGAAAGUUACAGUAGCAACAGUAAAAGCAUUGUCGUACCUGAAAGAGAAGCACGGUGUAAUUCAUAGAGACGUGAAACCUAGUAAUAUAUUACUGGACGAGACGGGAGGGGUGAAACUUUGCGAUUUCGGGAUCUCUGGCAGACUGGUCGACAGCAAGGCGAAGACGAGAAGCGCGGGAUGCGCGGCGUACAUGGCUCCUGAGAGGAUAGAUCCACCGGACCCUACUAAGCCAGAUUACGAUAUAAGGGCGGACGUGUGGAGUUUGGGCAUUACUCUAGUGGAACUAGCUACGGGAGUAUUUCCUUAUCGAGACUGCAAGACUGAUUUCGAGGUACUGAGCAGAGUAGUCCAAGACGAUCCUCCGUCUCUUCCGGCGGACGCGCUCUUCUCCAAGGAGUUCAGGAACUUCGUCUGCUGCUGCCUGACGAAGAACUACAAGCACCGGCCAAAGUACCCCAAGCUCAUGGAGCACCCCUUUAUUCGCAAGUACGACGUUGUACAGGACGGCGAGACGAAUUCCGCCCUAACAAACUCCGGCUGUCAGUGGUUCGGCAAGGUCAUGCGGCAGCUGGAACCAAGUUCCAGACUGCCAGGAGGCCAGCAGCAGCGAGUUUCGGGUCACGUGUCCCUGAAGCAGACGGCUCAUCUUCGGGCGCAACCCGAGAUGCCGGCCUUCCUGAGGAGCAACGUCAACAGCGGCAUCAGAGAGCCGCCGAACUCCGGUGGCUUUCCGCCGUUUCAUCAGCGUACCAAUAGCGAGAACGGCGCGAACUACGUGCCCUACAGUCCGUACGCUCUUCGCCGGAAGGAGACCGCCCGGCCAUUCUCGCCGCCGAUAUCCAAGGAGGUCGCGGCGGAUCAGUCGGAGCCGAAUCUGCCGCCGCGACCUUUCUCGCCCUACCGGCAGCAGAGUGUCACCAGGCACGACUACAAUUCUUCGAAUCGCUGCACGACGACGAACGGUCAGGGUAGGCAGGAGACGACGGCGACGACCACGACGACGGUGACGGUGACGAUGACGACGACGGCGAGACCGUUCUCUCCUUACAGGACUCAGGACGCCAGCUUGGACAGCAACGGGCGACCGUACUCCCCGUAUCGCAGCAGCCGUUACGAGGAGCGCGACAGUGGCAACAAGGCGGACCGAUGGCAGGGAGGUGUCUCGAGAUCGCUCAGUCCCUUCACCAGGGACUAUUCGCCCUGGCGGCGGGAGAACGUCGAUCCGCCCAAUGUCAUUCAGCCGCCACCCGCCACGUACGACAACAGCGGCCGUCACUCACCGUUUCUGCAGCAUCGACUCGUGCAGCCACCGUCGCAGCAGCCCGCGACGCUCCAAACUUAUCCGCAGACACAGAACAUCUACGCCAGCCCGAUGAUCAGCCGCAAGAGGUUUCCUUCUGAGCCACCGCCGCAGGGAUCUCACGGCUCCACUAGUCCACAGUUGUGGAUCUCCCGUUUCGCGCAUCAACUGAAACAGGAGUCGCCGCCGUCGUCAUUGGUGAUGCCACCGCAGCAGAUCGUCGGCUCGAAGGAGUCCGCGAAGAAGCGCUUCGCGUCCUACGUGCGCCUCAGGCUCGGCAGCGAGCGCGCUCCUUCGCCGGAACCACCGCCGAGACUGAGUCGCGGCGAGUCUCCGCUCGCCCUUAGGAGGAACUUGAUCGAUCAGGCGUCUCCUUCCUUCUCGCGAAGGUACGUCUCGCCGUCUCCGCCUCAGCCGCCGCCUAGAAGAUUGUCGGAAAGCAAUUCCGUGCCUGGUAGCCCGCAGCACGUGCGAGCUCGUCUACGCUACACGCCCGAACCUCAGAGGAGACCUCCGCCACCAUAACCCACCGCUACAAUCAUUAAGCCUUAUUAUUAUUCCUUGGUGCCAUAUGCGACUACGGACACUCGGAUGGCGAUCAGGUGCACCAUGUAGUAGCGAGGUGCACCGUCAUCCGGCAACGGUUGCGCGCACAGAAGCGAGUCACAGAACGUGUAGACGCGGACGUAUACACGACGUGUUCUCGAAUGUUAUAAACCAAAUGAAAAAAAAGUAUAUAUAUAUAAAGAGCCGUCGUGAACUCGAAGUUGUACGCGAGUCGAAGAUUUGUACGGGAACGUCGAUUUAGCGUGCGAAACGGCCGAGAUCGCCGGGAAAUGCUUCAUCUUGAUUUGACAUUUUCACGCAUUUUCGGAUUCGCGGACACGUCGGACGCGAGAAUUGCCUUAAGAGACGACACGGGGACUUACUACUAGCUAGUGCGAAUAUUUCAGAUCUCCGAGAGAUUUCCGAGUACUCCAGGUCUCUGAUCGGAGAGUAUUUUCUGAAUUCCUUAUUGAUGUUAGAACGUAGGAAAAGGGUGAAACGUCUUUUUCGCGUCUAGAACGCUUCACACGCUAAAGUCGUUGUAAACGUAAACCUCUGCACGGUCGAGUAGCUUUUAGCCGAAUCGCGCCGGCCGCCACCGGUCUCGAUCGGACCUGGCGCGCGAAUGCUUGGAGCGAAUUGUUUUCUACGAGAUGCCAGCGGGCGGGAAAGCGAAAGAUCGCGUGGAUCAAACCUCGGGGAAGGGAAGAGGAAAGGACGAUUUUAGUUUCGGUACAAAUUCUCGCCGAGCUCUUUUGCCUUGACCGUUCUUCUAAGCGGAAGGAAACAAUCGAUUAAGGAUUUAGUCUAGGAUUCAUGUUAUAACCGAGAGAGUGCGACUGGCGCUCCGAGGCCCGCGUGCACGCGUUUUACGUACGCGAGGGGGUUGUUCCGCGCGGCGAGACGCAAAUCGAUCCACCUUCGUCGAUAACUCUCUUCUCGAUGUGUAUUUAUUCGAUGACGCGCGACGAGAAAUACGAUGCUCAACUUUUUAUAUCGUUUGCGUAUUAAAAAUGAAAAAAAAAAGAGAAAACAGGUACAGCGACGGAGGAGCGCGGCAUUGAUCGCGACGUUUUUUCUAAUCAGCCUCGACGCGAGAGAAGUAUACACGGUGUAUCGUGCCGUACACGAAGAAAAAUGCGUAAACCGUUCCUAUCCGCCCUUCGUUUACGCUUCUUUCUGUCAAUUUCGAGAAUUUCGUCGAAGGAGAGGGAGACGCGACGAAACGCAACGAAGCUCGCUCUCUUCUCUCGGACGGCCUUGCGGUACGACUACGAAUCGCGGUCUCACAGUGACUUCUUUUCCACGUUUUACUAUUAAUAUUGAUAGACUAUUAUUCGGAAGCAACGUGUAAAAUGCGAGAGCGAGUCGUAGGUUCACGAGUGGGCGUGAUCCAGGGUGCUUUCCGGCAAGAGACGCGGAUUGACGGUGUAAAGCCCGUAUCAGACUACGGAUUGAGAUUGAGAUUAGAUUGGAAAUUUGACCAGUCAGAGUACUUUGCUAAUCUCAAGUUCAGUGAAUUUCACUCUGACUGGUCAAAUGUUAAUUUAAUUCCAAUCUCAACUCGUAGUCUGAUACGGGCUUAACGCAGAGAAUCAUUUUAUCUUCGUUCAACAACGGCAAGAGACGCAGAUUGACGGUGUAAAGCCCGUAUCAGACUACGGACUGAGACUGAGAUGAGACUGAAAUUUGACCAGUCGGAGUAAACUUUACUAGUCUCAAGUUUAGUGAAUUUUGCUUUGACUGGUCAAAUCUCAAUCCACAGUCUGAUACGGGCUUAACACAGAGAACCAUUUUAUCCACGUUUAACAAUGACAAGCAACAAAGAUGAAGUGUUCCGCUGUGUUACACAGCGUCGACUGUGUACGUUGCCGGAAAGCACCCCCCAGUGUCGACAGUCCAGCCGGGAGGGACGUUAUCGUCCACACUCGGCUUUUCUUCGCGGACGAGAAAAGGGGAGAAAAGUAAGAAAGAAGAAGCGGGAGCACAAUAAUUGUCGCGGUAGAGCACGUCUCGUAGAGUUCUACCACGGAGGACGAAUGUAUAUUACUCAAUCAGCAGGGCGUGCACGGCGUCGCUCACACGACACACACACACAUACACACACCCAUACGCAUCGAACAUUACACACGUUACACACACGGUUUUAGAAUGUUGUAAUUAUUAUUUUUAAUUAACAUUUAAUCUCUAACUACGUUCAAGUCUACACUCGUAAUCACCUUUGUCGUUUAUUUGACAAAAGGAUCUGUUGCAAUGUAAAUAAACUUAUAUUUAUACGA